GGUGACAGGUUUUGUUUUGAGCAUUAACUUAGUUACACACAUUGAUUGAAAAACAUGGAAACAUCAAAACAAAUUGAUGUUCAUCAUCAAACUCAAUCAUCUUCAUCUUCAUCUUCUUCCAUAGAUAGUAACAAUUAUAAUUAUCCUUCUGCAAUCUCAAGUCUCAAAACAACUGAUUUAAGCACCGAUCUCAAACUCGGUCUUAGCAUCUCUCCAUCUUCUCAAUCUCAAUUACCAUUCAAUUCAACCACAACCUCAAAGGAAGAAACACUUGAUUGGCCACCAAUUAAUAAAUCCAUAUUGAGAAGAAACACUUUGGCUGAAAAACAAAACCAUAGUAUUAUUCAAAGACAAAGAUCUUUGUUUGUUAAGGUUUAUAUGGAAGGAAUCCCAAUUGGAAGAAAACUAAAUCUCUUGGAACAUCAUAGUUAUGAUGAACUUGUUAAAGCUCUUUGUCAUAUGUUUAGGACAAUCAUUCUCUGUCCUAAUUCGCAACCACUAAAUUCGUGGAAUUUUCAUGUUCUAACAUACGAAGAUCAAGAAGGAGACUGGAUGAUGGUCGGAGAUGUCCCUUGGGAGAUGUUUUUGUCAAAUGUGAAGAGGCUGAAGAUCACAAGAGCUGAUAACUGCUAGUUUAAUUAAUUUUAUGAAUGCAUAUAAUCUCUCAAGCAACAUGCUUCUCCUCAAUUUUCAUUGUUGAUAAAUUUUUGUUCUAAUUGUUAAUUAGAGUGGUUGAAAUUGGUAGCUUCAAUGAUUAUCAUAUAUGAUUCCAAAACCAUAGAUGUAUAGCUUCUCACCUAGUUAUCAAUUUAGUGAAUAGCUCUACCUAGCUACAAAGUUAAUUAAUUUAUUAA